CAAGAUUCAAUCCGUCAUCAAAGGUUCGGUCACUCGUUCGGUCGUGUGCUGGAGAUGUGAAAAUAAUAAUGUAAAGGGAACGAGCAAUAAUAAGUGCAACCAUAAAUAGUACAUAGAGAAGUACCACAGAGUGGGUACAGAUUGCAUUAGAGGAGGUCGUGGAGCCAAAACAAAGGCCAAGAAAAUUAUAAUAAAAAUGAAUAUGAUAAUCCUGCUACGAUUGUUUCUCUGAAGCGCUGUAUUUGGUCGUGAUUUGAAUUAGAUAAGUGCGUUCCGUUCUUCGGUGAUUGAAUGGGCAGUCUGUGAUAUCGAGUCGAAACUCGGUCACCAGCAUCGCCACAGCAGCUUCUAAUCAAUUAUCAAUUACGGUGCAGUUCGGGCUCUUGACGUCAGCUCACGACACAUCGGUGCUGUGAAGGUAGUACAGUUACUUUCCGCAGUGUUGCAGCUAGCUGGCAGAGUACUGCUCUGGUGACAAAUCAGUCCAAAAGCGACAAAACCGGACUGAUCGGUUCCGUUUUUCAGUGUUGUCGUCUGCGUGGCGGCAGGGCACGGUAUCAGGUUUCCCGAAACUACCGCGCGUCAACUGCAGCUGGGGGAAGUGAGUGGUGCGUGGCAGCUAUCAUCCAUUAUCACACAAUCUAGUCGACAUGUCAUCAUCUGGAGCGCUGGGAAGCGGACACAACCUGACGGCCGAUCGGGAGUUCCGAUACAUCGUGCAGUGGUUUAGCGAGUGGAGUGACUUUCAGCGGGAAGAUUUUGUACCUGUACUGGCAACGUAUCUGGCACAAGGGAACCCCAGUGGACCAGUUUACGUGAACGGGAUCAUAAGCGGAAUGGCCAACGUUAGCGGACAGGACAAACCGAUGAGUCUGUUCCAGUGUAGGGUCAAAUUGUUCAACGAUUGGUCAACUAAAUGGCCCGAGUCAAACCGUGAAAAACUUCUGGAAAAACUAAUCGAAAUAGAUCCCGAUUUCGGCAAACGGGUACACCAGGAGCUAGCGGGAGAACGCAAUACCGUCGACAGCGAGCCCAGUUUGGAAUUCUAUGAUAAUGGACCAGAACCAGGGAGCAUGAGCCCCUGCCUAAUCGCAGCAGAACCCACCAUCGAGCAACCACCCAUCGUCCUGGUGAUCGGCGAAGACUAAAAUCGAACCUCCAUGAGGACCCGCUAAUGAUUGUUUACAUUCCUUUUGGCUUCCUUGCGUCGCGCGUGGCUCAAGACAACGCGGCAAAGCAAGUACGCGCACUGAGAAUUCAUAUUUUGUUCUUUUCGUUUUUUUUUGUAUGAAAUACGUAGUAAUUUGAUAUUUAUUUAUGCCACUACAUUAUGCGUAGCUCAUAUUCAAAUAAUUUAUUGCAACUGAUUAUUACUAGCCCGUCGAAAGCGAAUCUCGUCGCUAUCCCACCACAGAGUUUAUCUUUUUUGCAACCCUUGGAAUAGCUAUUAUUUAUCUAACUUAUCCAAACUCUAUUCGAAUGUACUGUAAAAGUCUGAUGAGAUAAUUUGUGUAAUUUUGUUUAAAGAAUGGCAUAUCUCUAGUUCUUAACCGCUUUGGUCGUUAGCUUUUUAGAAAAUGUGUUUCACAUUUCUAAGCCUUGCCGAAUACAGUGAGCCAAUGAUUGUAAUUUCGAGAGACAAGGAGUAAUUUUGCUACCACUUUUUAGACACAUUCAUUUAUUACAUUUUACCCCAAUACGAUGGACAUUUUUUAGGUUAAGCGCUUUUCUUAUGUUUCAAUGAAGGCGCCAUGUGCUGAUUCACUAUUAUGAAGCAUUCUUUGGAUUUUUAUAUAGAUUUUAGCUUAUGCUACGAGAAGCUUGGCGUGAAAACAGUCGAAUGUUCCAAUUUGAUUUACAUGGCCGAUUCAAGUGACCUGUCUACCAAUGUUUUAUAAUUCAGGCGUGAUGGACACAAAGCUGAAUCUUGAAUACUGAGAGUAAAUUGAAAUUGAUGGCUUCACAUUGUGUAAGAGCGAACACGAAAUCUGCAAGCGCUGGAUUGAAACUCGGCAGGACAUCACAGCAGAGGUAGACCCAGGGGCUCGUGGCGACGAAACCUCAACAUAGUUAAAGAUGAAGUCGAUUGGAAUCUGAUCUGGGUCAGGUCCAAGCUGAAGCGAAUUGCCGCCUAGGAUAGAGAUCUUUUUCAUUGGCCCUAUGUAUCCCCACUAAUUUACGGAUACACCUACACGAUUAGCCAAUACGACGAAAGAUCGGGUGAUGUGCGUAGUUUGGGGCGUUUUUGAGUCCCUUUGUAACACGUAGCGCGUUGCUCCAUGACGAUGGUCUUUCGUGCCUGCUAUUUAACAUCGCUGUGGAGGAAAGAAAACGAUGGUGUAUCUAAAACACUCAUUAGAUUUACUAUGUCUGAAUCUCGAUUUAUGCAUAUGCACAACCGGAACAUAGGCAAUUAACUUUGAAUGAAUUGGCUCAUUAGACUGGUUGUUCUCGACAGCCACAAGGCCUGGACACUCCCCACGCGUGUCGAUUCAUUCUAAGCUCUCACGUUCCAAGUAUCGUAUCGGCUUACUCAGAGCAUAUAUUACCUAGGAUCGGUACUACGCUGGCUCAGAAAAACUCACUAUCAAAGCGGACAAUAGCAAACAACACGAAAUGGCGGAGCAAUAAGCGUGCUACUAAGGCUAGGUGUUUAGGAACGAAAACUAUUAGUAGGUUCAUAUUUUGUGUUAUUCAAUUAAAAUCCUUUCUUCUCAAAAAAUCAAAAAAUAAUAUUCAUUGCUAACGUGCUGCCAAAUUAGGCAUGCUGGGUUAUUAGGCCAAACAUGUCGUUCGGCCAACCUGGUUAUUUGAAGGGCCGUUUGGCUGGGCGAGUCAUAUGACCAAAAGUCAUUUGGCCGAUCGAUUAAUGAUAAUUGAAAAAAUUAGAGGUGAGCAAUCAGAUAUCAGAGCAGGAAAGUAAGACGUCUCACUUCCCACAUAUCAUUUUUUAUUCCUCACUGUGAAAAGCGAGAAAUGAGAAAUGAGACGUCUAACUUCUUAUGUCUCAUUUCACUUUUUACAGUGAGAAAUAAAAAGUCACAUUUCUUAAUACUUGUCACUUCUUCCAUCUCAUUUCUUGCUUUUUACUUAUCGCUUGUUAAUGUUCAACUCUCAUUUUUACUUCUUGCUGUGAGAAGUUGAUAAUGAAAAGAUAGAAUGAGAAGUGAAAACUUCACGCUUUUCAUAUUUACUAUUGCUCUGCCAAACAACAUUUUUGGGAGCCUUUUGGCCAAAUUACAUUUUAGGUCAAAAUGUUCCUUUCUGCAGAACGACCGUUUUGACCAAACGGCAUUUUAGGCCAAGUGAUCUUUUCGGCCAAACGACUGUUCUCUACUAAAUGACCUGUUCUACAAAACGACAUUUUCCGUCAAACGAUUUCCAGUCGUAUGGGCCUUACAAACACACUUUUAUUCAUUUGGAGAACUCAAUAGUCUACUUUUAACCAAAUCAGCUUGAAUUUUCUAAAAACGCUCAGAACUAAAGAUAGAAUAGAACAGGCCUGCCCAACCUUUUUGAGCCAUGGGCCAAUUUUCAGAAUCAACAUCUGCUGGCGGGCCAAAAAAUAUUCGGUACUUUUUUACAUGCCAACUAUCAAUAAUAUUGUUUUCAUUUUUCCUGGAUGGUGAAAAACUAAACACGAUUUUAUUGUGUACAAAGAUUAAUGUUUAUAUUUGUUUUAUGUACAGGUCUUUUGUUCAAAAAAUGGCAUAGGAAACAUUGGAUUGUUUGCUACUCUGCCAACGCUUAUUGAUUUCGUAAUCAGCAACUGAAAUUCGUUUUUUACGGCUUUCAUUCUUGAAAAGCGCUGAAAAAGAGCUUAUGAAAGAUGUUUCUACCUGAAAUUUAGAUUUGAGCUCGUCGUUGCAUUGGAGGUCAAUAAUCUCCAUUUGAAACAUUUCAAUUACAGUAUUCACAUUAGUAAACGGAGUCGAAAAAAAAAUGGAAAUUUCGUUUCUAUUUUCUUGAAAAUCAGCGAAUAGGCCAGAAAAUUCUAGUUGAAGGGCUUCGAUUUUACCAGCAACUGUGCCAAAGUGUUAAUUCUGUUUCAAAAGCUUUAAUGUUGCUCAAUAAAAGUUCGAUGUGUUGCCUUGCAGCUUCAUGUUCAAGUCAUUUUGAGAAUGUUUCGUGAUACCUCUCAAGCAUGGUACCACGGCUCAGUCAACGAACUUACUAAUAAUCCAGUAAAUAUCUGUAUUCUGCUUCCAUUUCUGUCAACAUCAUUUUAAUAGGUAAUGAUGGAGCUCCCCCGCGAUGAUAAAGUUGAUUUUUUUUAAUGAUGGGCGUCAAAACUUCAAGAUUGUUUUCGCUCAUAGACUCUCAUAAGAGAGAUCCUGCAGGCCAGUUUCCCUCAGGCCGUUUCCGGUAGUCAUUCCACUCAUUGGGAUCAAAGCAAAGCUGUUCCUUUGUGAUUUGCACAUCAAUAUUUUUAUCAAUUGCGAGAGAUUAGAAUCUGAAGCAGAAGGCUUUUCCACGUGACGUAGUUUUCAAAUCUUCUACGAGAACUUUUUCACCAUUCUGGAAUGAUUUUCAUCCGUUUCAUAAAUUAAAAAAGUCAGUUUUGAAACGAUUUCGUUUAUGGGUGGACGCGACGACACUCAGUAACAGCAAAACUGGCCCGCGCUACAAUUUUCCACUUCGUGUUUGCCCGAAAGAAGAAAGUUUGUUGCUUCGAUAAUCCACGAUAAUCCAAUAAUUUAAAUCAGUAAAAGUUGCGGGCCGGUUCUGAAGUAUUUUUAUUAAACGCCGCGGGCCACAAAAAAUAGACCCAAGGGCCGCAUCCGGUCCGCGAACCGUACGUUGGGCAGCCCUGGAAUAGAAUUAACGUGGUGGAGAAAAAAGAAAAUGGUCCAAAACCCACUGUCUUUCGUCUGCUGAUCCUUCGAUCUUGAUUAGAGUGAUCCUUCUCAUAUCUUUUCCCGUAUUCUCUUUCCAUGUGCCGGAAUUAGCCGAUGGCAGGCUAAGGUCCACUAAUAAUGUCUCUAAACAAUUUCAAUAAACAUUUUAUUCGACGUAAUUAUUAAAAUCUUUUCGCAGAAUAAAGUCAUAUAAACAACUAGUGCUACUAAUGCCAAGCAAAUCUAAAACAGGACUCAUUUUUCAAAUCUAUUAAGGCCGGAACAAAUACGAAUUCCUUCUUUUACCAUGCUGGUCUUUGGAUAACGAAGGGGGUAGUGAAUAAAAAGUAAAUGGAUAAAUUGAUAAAAUCGUAAAACUUAUAAGUUUUUUUAAAGAAUUUUCUGAAUAGCUUAAUAUUUUAUCUAUUUUUCCAAUCAAAUUUCAAAUAAUAAAAUAAAGCCACAAAAAAUCAAGACAGAGGAAGAAAAUAAUAUUUGUUCCGGAAUAAUUUUGCUCAAGGAAUUUACCUAAAGUUGAUAAAACUAACUUCUACAUUUUGAGGUGAACCGGUCUAGGGCCGAAAACCUCAUUAAUAAAGACAAUAAAAGAACUCCUACAUGCGCUUCUUUGCAAAAAAAUUGCUUCAAACAUUUGUUUUUGUGUCUUCGAAAAAAUGCAUCUAGAGUUUCUUUCUGGAAAGCCUACUACAGUCGCCUCUCCACAUCUCGAUAUUGAAGGGACAGUAGAUGCUAAUAUCGCUCCAUAUCUUGUGAUCAAUAUGUUUUCAUCAAGGAGGUGUUUUAUGUGUCGAAUUUCCUUGUUUUUCAUCACAGUAGCCUAUUUCUUACUUCGGCACAAGUAAACCAAAACAAUAAAUUUGACAUUCAAGGUACCGCUUGAACUCUUUAUGCAAAAUUCGGGUUACUAUGGUUGAAUCAUGUUGAUCACAAUAACUCUAUAGGAUAGUAGCGCCUCUAGCGUUCUAAUACGUCUGCUUCUACUGAAGGGACUAGCGAGAUAGGUCGAGAUCGUGUAAUGGAAGGAAAAUUGAAAUGGGUACUACAGAAAAUAAUGCGAAAAUUGGUUCUAUUUCUUUUAAAACCCAUUUGAACUGCUCCAAGUAAUUUUCGAGUUCAGUUAUCAUUAUUAUAUCUUUUCAAACAAAUUUACUAAAUAUGUGCUUUAUUUUAUUAAUAAUAUCCUCAAGACGACGCCGGAGCUAGAACCCGCCUUUCGAACCUAGUCCUCCGACAUUGACUGCCAUCUGCCAUCUGGGUCGAUUGGAUGUGUGACAUGGCGCUCCAUCAUGCUGUAGGACAACGUUUUGAUCCUCGGAGAAUUUGGCCUUCCCCCAGGGAAGCACUUGGUUCUUUAAAAUAUCUAUAAACAAUUCGAUAUGUAUUGAUUUUAACCUCAACAUCGAUGAAAACAGGCGGUAGUUUCAAACCGUUGGACGCCCCUAAGCCAAACAUCGUGACACCAGCCGGAUUGAUUUGGAAUUUAAGCUUCACUUUCUCCAGAACAUCCACAAUUUUCUUCGGUGAAGUGAACCGGUCCGUGCGGCCGUUGGCGUCAGCAUUGAUGCUGAAAAGCUUUUCGCGUCGGAGAACCGGACUAACAAAAGAACAAAGAAAGCAAUAUUUUCAAAUGAGUCACCUAUACCCUGUACAUGCAAGUCUUCUAUGACGGUUUUCGCAUGGAUUUCUCAGAAAUUUUGACGCCCUUGGCAAGUUUUCUGAUGGAACGCACCAGGUUACGAGCAAUCUUUGCACGACCCAAUUUGAACAUGUUUGGCAUACGUGUAAAGCACAGACGUCCACUUCUCGGCUUCCGCUGCUUAUACCCAUCAUGCCGAGACAUUUUAAGGCGAUAAACUGUGCCAAAAGUCAUCCUACCACCAUAACAAUCUCAUUCAGCGUCUGGAUUCUGAGUGAGCAACAAACUAUUAAUCACUUCUUAAGGUUCCCCAAACACACGCGACGCGACAGUCGCGACGCGAUUCUAUCGCUUGGCGACAGCGAUUCUGUCGCCAUUGGUAUGGAAGCGUAAAUAGAACAUUGCCUGCAGCGACCCAACGAUAGAAUCGCGGCGGCUAGUUGUCGCCGUCGCGGCGAUCAAAUCGCUUAGGUCUGGGGGAGCCUUUAUGGGUACAUUUUUACAAAUUUGCAAUAAAACAAUUACAAUCUUUCGGUGCGUUUAAACAUUUUCGCAUUCUUUUCUUUUCUACAGGGUGCAGACCCGAAAAAGCUUGUUGCUAUGAAAUACGACAACAAAACAAAUGCCAUUUCUUAUUGUUGAUGUGCUUAUUAUUGUCCAAAGAUGGUCUAGUAGCCUAAAAAUUUCAACAUAUCAACAUAAGGAGAGUGAAUCCUGAACAAAUUAAAAUCAGAACACAUCGAGAUGGAGAGAUAUUGAGAAAAGGAGGUUAUCGAGAUGUAGAAUGCCCGAAUGUAUAUGUAGAUUAAAGGGACCGAGGAAACCAUCGACAUAGAGAGAGAUAUCGAAAUAUAGAACAUCGAGAUGUAGAGAACCGACUGUAAUAUUCUAAUAAAAAUCUUUCAUAUAUAUCUUAAAAAUAUUUCAGGAAUUCCUGCUUCCGGAAGUUUUGUUUUAUAAAGAUCUAAUUAUUUAUAAGUUUCCAUAAAUAGUCAAAGUGUAAUUCUGCCAAAACAUACACAUGAAACGCUUCCAAAAUUUCAAGACUAUUAUUUUUAAAACAUUGUUUAUUUUUCAUUUUAACACGAUAACUUCAGUAAUUCGUUAUUAUACAAACAUUCUAAGCCUCUAUUAGCUCUCCUGAACGUUUCAUUAUUUGAUAAAACAUGUGGCAUCUACUUUGUAGUAGUCGAGCUACAUAUUUGUUUCUUGAUUGCAAGAAAUAAGAUGUGAAAUAGAUUAAGGGGCUAUGGAGCACCCCACCUUCUUGACUUCGAAGCCUGACUAAGUUUAAAGAUUGCAUAAUUACUUUCUAUUAGAACUGGCGAUCAAAUACGGCGAGCAACAACAGAGAUAUGCCGUUCAAAGAAUUUGUUAGAAUGCAUUCGUCAGACAUUUAUUGUAUAAGAAAAUUGGAAGUAUAGUCGUUAAGGGAUCAGUAACCCAAGAAAUCAAUCGAAGAAAUCUAAUUAAAAAAGGGCUCACUAAGUAUGGAAUAAGACAAAUCAAAACAUGAAGCUCAUGAUCAUUUAUGAUCGCGUUGAUGUAGUUAUUAAGAAGAGAGUUAAGUAAAAAAAGCAAUUUUGAAUUUGCCAUACAAGAAAAUGUUCUCAAUUACUAGAACGUCCAUAUAAUAUAUUUAGCCAACAAACGUAGUAAUAACCCCCUCGUAAACCUUUAAGGAAGCGAAAUGUGAAACAAUAUACAUAUAUUACUUGAGGUUGAUUGUUCUGAAAAAAAAAAUUAAGACUUUUAAAAAUGCUAACUAAAUGGUAAAUAAAACCAGUGCAGUAGCUGCAUAAAUCACAUUCCUAUAAACUGCUAAACAUGUCGAACACAGCUGUUGUGUGAAGAGUUGAAUGAAACGACAAUUGAAAUAAAAAUGCAUUAAAAAUAA